AUAAAAUAAAAGACCAAAAAAUGUGGCACGAAGCCCGCAAGCAAGAACGUAAAAUAAGAGGUCUCAUUGUUGAUUACAGACGCCGGGCCGAGCGCAGACAGGACUUUUAUGAAAAAAUUCAAGCUGAUCCCACACAAUUUAUCCAAAUCCAUGGAAGAAGAUGUAAAAUUCAUUUAGAUCCAGCCGUGGCCAGUGCUGGAGAUGGUGCCGCAAUCAUUGUACCAUGGCAGGGUCAACAUGACAAUCUUAUUGAUCGAUUUGAUGUACGAGCCCAUCUAGAUUAUAUACCACCAGUGCCGAAAACUAAUGACAGUGAUACCGAAUUGUCGCAGGAGGAACGUCAGUGUAAUUACGAACGAUAUCGGAUAUUGGCACAAAAUGAUUUCCUAAAUUUGACCGAGGAGAAAUUUCUUCAUCAACUUUUCCUCGAAGAACAAUUCGGUGCUAACGCCCCAUUAGACCCGAUGGGACAGGCUAAUCAAGCCAAAAAGAAAUCACAAAAACCUGGUGCAGCUAUUGGUUACUCCUAUGACGAUUCCACCGACAAUCCUGUCGCUGGCGUAAUCGACACCCAACAACCAUUUGCUCAUUUGAAACAUGCUGGAGCCGGAGCAAGCUCCAAGAAGACUGAAAAUGACUCUGAAUCAGAGUCAGACUCUGACAUUGAUAUGGAUGUUUCGAUUGAUGUAUCCAAAUUAGAUACGAAUCAGGCCCAUGAAUUAAAUGCCUGUGGCCGUAAUUAUGGCAUGUUGAGUAAUGAUUUUUAUUCCUAUUUGACGAAGGAUGCCGAUGAAGCUGAUGCUCUACGCAUUGCAAGAGAAGAAGAACGAGAGAAAAUGCUAUUGGGUGGUCGAAAGUCAAGACGAGAAAGACGUGCCCAAAAAGAACGACGUUUGGCUCGGCGUACAUUUAGUCCGCCUAGUUAUGCGGCGAAGGAGGACAAUACGGGUAAAGAUGAAGAAAGUGAUUCCCGCUCACCAUCACCCUCCGAUACUACGGAAAAAAUUACAUAUAUUACAUCAUUUGGGGGAGAGGAUGAACUGCAGCCCCAUUCCAAAAUUACCAUAACUCUCGGUAAGGGAUCUACAUUGGGUGCGGCAUGCGUGGACGCCAGCACUUCUGCUGCGCAUCCUACAUCCUAUGCACAAAAGGUGAAAGAAAACUUAGAUAAGUUGAAGAAAAUCAACGAAUCAUCGACUAAAAAGGAUUCGUCGCGCAGCCGAAGUCGAAGUUACUCACGAAGUCGCAGUCGUUCUCGAAGCCGUUCACGUAAGAGGUCCUAUAGGAGUACACGACGCACACGUUCCAGAAGUCCAUCCUAUAAACGACGUCGUAAGAGUAGCAGAAAAACAAGAUCUCGUUCUCGAUCAAAAUCAAGAUCUAGGUCACUUUCAAAAUCUCGACGCCAUCAUUCAUCUCGCCGUUACAGGAGUCCUUACAGGCGAUCACGCACACGAUCGCAUUCAAAAUCCAAAUCUCGUCGUAGACGCUAUGCAUCUAGUUCGUCAAGUAGAUCCUCACAUCGCAGCUCAGUUUCGCCGUCACGUCGUUCGUCAUCGAGAAGAACACGGCACAGUCCGAAGUAUGAUAAACUGCGAAAAAGAUCGCUGUCGCCAGUCAAAGAAAAAUCUCCUCCUGCGCCCCAGAUUUUGGAAAAAUCUUCCAAACCCAUGGAGAGUACAGUUGACAUAUUAUCAUCAAUGACUAAUCAGCCUCCACCACCACCGCCGCCCAUUAUAGCCAGCGAGGAAAAAACUGCAACGAAAACAUCAGCGUCAAAUGUUCCACUGGUUACAGUUAUAGAACCGCCACCACCACCACUUAAACGUUAUUACGGACGUAAACGUGGCGAAUAUUCAUCCUCCUCGGACAGUGAUUCGGACACGGAAGAAGAUUCGAAAGCUGCAAAAUCUGCAGAGAAUACAGAUGCCCCCGAAGCUAUGGAUAUGGACACUACCUCCGAAAAAUCGAAUCCUUUGCCAUCCACCUCAUCGUCUGCCACUGCACAAACAGCAACACACAAGGGUAAACUUCAAACCGGCAAAUACUCAUCAACGGCUACAUCAGUUAGUAAUGCUCCCGAGACCAAAGGUACAUCGUCAGCAAGUGCAGGAGUUGGCGGCGGUGUCACACCAACAGCUUCCAGUGCCAGUGGACGUUUAAAUUUGCGUGAACGUCUCAAGAAAAAAAUGCAAAAUUUGCUUAAUAAGCAAUAUAAAGCAGACAAGAAAGCUGAAAUUGAAAAGUCCGAAAGGGAACGUCAAAUGCAGCAGGAGAGGUAUGAGGAAAUGCGUGAAUUGGCAAUAAAGUUGAGACGAAGACAACGUGAAAUUCGCCAUCGCUAUGGUACACCAAAUAGCAAAGCCUCUGAAAGUGAAACAUCAGAAUAUGCUGCAGCCAUUGCCAGUGCAAAAGAACAACGCAGCAAAUCGCGCAGCAGUGAAAGAUCUGUGCGAAAAUCACCACCAUCACGACGAAUUGAACAGGAGACGAAACGUAAUUCGCCCAUCACUAGAAGACGUUCGCGUAGCCGUGAAGCUAGACGAUCAGUGAGUCGUUCAAGCCGACAACAAAAAUCUCGUUCACAAUCACGUAACCGACGAAGUAGUUCAAGGCGACGUAGACGAAGCAUGUCUCGUUCGCGACGGUAUCGUGACUCGAGUCAAGAACGUUCAACACGUUUCGCAUCGGAACGGUCACGAUAUGAUGACCGCUACCGACGUUCACGUUCUCGAAAUGAACGUGAUCAUCGUGAUCGUAACCGCGACCGGACAGACCGUGAGAGAGAUCGUGAUCGAGAGAGGGAACGGGAUAGGGACAGGGAAAGACAGAGGCAUGGCGGUAGUGGUGUCAGUGAUCGUUACCGUUCCGAUAGAGACAUUGGCGAUGGACGCGAUCGUUCGGACCGAGACAGAGAUCGAAAUCGUAAUAGGGACCGUGGUGCUGACGAUUCACAUUCACAGCAACGGCAACAGACUCAACAAUCUUCAUCUACCUCUACUACAUCAACGUCAACUAGUCGUAGUCGCGUUGUUAUUUCAGCUCCGCCAAAAUUGAAGAAAUUGGUGGAUUAUUGAAAGAUACGAUAAUUA